AUCUUGGAAUGUGCUGCAGACCUCAGAAGCCAUUUUGAGAUGAUGUCCCUGUUGAGAAAACCUAUGAAGAUGCUGAAAUCAACGAACAUGGUUACAUUUCUAUCUGUUUCUCCCUCCGUCUCCUCUAUUUCACCAUGGCAGCUGUCAACCGACGGGACAUUAGCAAAGCGGGGUAUCAAGCUGUGCUCACAGAGUUAAAACGUCAUUGAUAUGAAAGAGGAGAGUGUCUGUUUACUGUCUCUGUCGAGACAUGUAACACCGUGAGUUUUUUCCAGUCUGAAAUCUUCCAGCAUCUCUCACAACCCAACGUCUCCUUGAGUGACUGAGUUAAUUCACUCUUGUACCGGAGAGAAGGGAGGCAGAUCCGUUUUCCAAUGGCUUCUGUGAGCCUUGUUUCCAGUCCCCCAGCCCCUGUUCUUGACAAAAACAUGACAGACUCUGAGCUUGCAGGGGAUGAAAGAGAGGAUGGCGAACUGGAAGAUGGAGAAAUAGAUGAUGAAGGGAUUGGAAUUGAAGAGGAAAACAAAGAGGCUACAGAGGUGAAUGAAGACAAAGAGAAGGAAAAGGGAAAAGAAAAAGCUAAAGAGAAAGAGAAAGAAGAAAAGACUCACAGGCACUCCAGGAAAAGAUACAAAAAGACCAAGGAGAAGAGGAGGUCUAAAAGGAGGAGGCGUGACAGACAGAAACACCACUCCCCCUCCAGCAGCUCCAGCUCGGACAGUUAUGACUCUGACUUCGACCGACCAGAAAGGCCCAAAAACCGCAAGAGCCAGGGAUCUAGCCGCGAGUCUGAUGGCCAGUCCUCUCAACACGGACGGGAUUCAAAGGGAGGCCAUGGCAACUCACAGAAGUCCCCACCACACAAGAGCAGUGAUUUUGACAAAUACAGUGACUACAGUGAUGACAAGUAUGACUAUGACGAAGAGGAGGAUGAUUACGAAGAUGACAUGUCCGAGUACCCGCCGUCAAAAGAUUCAGCUUCCCUGAGUCAGGGAAAGGGACGCCAUGCUAAAGACCAGAUGAAGAGAGGAAACAUGAGGGGGAUGAAACAACAGCAGUUUGGGCUGAGAGGAAGGGGCAGAGGGAGUGGACCAGGAAGAGGACGUGGGAUGCUCAACAAAAACAAGAAGCUGAAGGGCAAACCAUGGGGAGGACGUGGACGAGGUCAAGGAGGAGACCAGGGUAUGGAAGACAUGGCACUGGAAGGAAAAAAUUCUUCCGGUUUUCAGAAGAAACGGCCAAUUAUGAGCAAGGAGUUUAUCAAUCAGCACACAGUUGAACACAAUGGUAGAUACAUCUGCAAGUAUUUCCUGGAGGGUCGAUGCAUCAAGGGGGAGCAGUGCAAGUUUGAACAUGAGCUCGUCGUACCAGAUAAAAAAAGGGAGCUUUGUAAAUUUUACCUCCAAGGAUACUGCAGUAAAGGAGAUAAUUGCAUUUACAUGCACAAUGAAUACCCAUGCAAGUUCUUUCAUACUGGAGCCAAAUGUUAUCAAGGGGACAACUGCAAAUUCUCCCACGAGGCUUUGACCGAUGUGACCAAAGAGUUGCUUGAUAAGAUAAUUAACACUGAAGAGGAGAACGCCCGUGAGGAUGAGUUGGAGCUGGAGGAUCUGAGAAAGCAGGGUAUCGCCCCACUUCCAAAGCCUCCUCCUGGGGUGGGGUUGCUGCCCACUCCUGGCCAGAGCAGUCCUACAGAUGGAGCGUCUGGCCAAGCAGGGAAGAAGAUCCCCUCCCUGUUUGAAAUCAAGGUUCAACCUACUGUAGACUUGGCACAAAAAAUUGGCCUGAGUGGAUCCAACUUUUCCCAGAAUCAAGGUGAAGGCACAAAUCAGUUUAGUGGAGGCUCAGAGGACACGCAGAGUGGAGGCAUGGUGCCUUCAGGCCCCUCUGCUCCUUCAAUUCCUCCCCCUGGAUCACCUGUUCCCAUGUGUCACCCCACUGGACCAUCCAUGCCCCAGAGCCCCCCAGGACAGCUCCCACCACAUGGAUUUCCAAUGCAGCCACCAAUCCCCUCUGGUCAACCCCCACCCUUCCUUGGAAACCGACCUAAUAUCAGCCCCCAGAUGAAUAUGCAGAGGCCUCCAUUCCCUCCUAUACCAGAUCUGCAGAUGUUGCAAAGUCUCUUCCCUUUUCCAUCGUUGGGUCAGAACCCAGUAGAUUUCUUCAGCAACUUUGUCCGAAACCAGGCCAUGGGUCAACAAGGAGACCCUGGUCUGGGCUUCAUACAGAACCUCCAGCAGCAGAUGGGCGCAGAGUCACAGUUGCAGUCUUUACCACCAGCAGUACAGAAAGCCAUCUUUUUACACCUGACACAGCAGCAACAGCAGCAGCAACAACAAAAAGACUCACAUCCACAGGGGAAUGAGCCACAGAGAGCAGAGGGCCAGGAUGAUAAUAAUGCAAACAGAGCAGAUGAAACUACAAACUGGUACUCAAGCGAUGAGGAGGAUGGAAGCUGUGUUUCCUCCAUCCUUAAAUCUCUAAAGAAGCAGAAUGAGAUGCAGCAGUCUCAGUCCAAGCCCCUCCAGGUAGCUCCGGUGGCUCCAGUACUGGGUGACCCUCGGCUUGUGAAGGAGAGGGCCCUGCCAAGUGACCCCCGUGUGAAGGCAGACCCUCGUCAGCGACCCCCAGAUAUGAAAAAGGAGUCAGAUGGAGCUGCAGACCCACGGCUUUCCAGAGACCCCAGGAAGAUGAGACCAAUGGAGCCAAGUUCAUAUCGCCAGCAGAGCCACCCUGUUCCUCAGAAACCUCCUACAGGCGAUGAGGAUGAGGAAGGAGAGAGGGAACUCAGGGACAAAGCUGUUCUCAUCCCUCUAGAUGCCAGCCCAGGUGUGGUGCUGCGGGACCCUCGUUGCCAGUUAAAGCAGUUUAGCCACAUUCGCGUGGACAUCCUGCUCCAGCGCCCAGCCUUCGCUCAGACAGUGGUGUGGGCCCCUGAGGACCUCAUCCCUUCCCUUGUGCCCAAACAGGAACACUCCAUCAAUCUGCCCCUUCCACCCCUAAUUGCAGAUGCUCAGAUGAACCGAACAAGCCUGCCUGACCACCCCCCCGUCUCCAGCCCUCCACCGACUGACCCCAGACUGGCAGCUGCACGUUUGAAGGAACGUAUGAGUCGAUUGCCCACUGGAUCUCUAGAGUCUCGACCCUCCACUGAAAGACCUGCAGAUCCGCGUCAGCAGAAGACUCUGGACCCCAGACUCAAGCGUACAGGAAGUCUGGACUCUAAGCUGCUGGGUCAGAAAGAGCCCUCCUCUGGGGGAGGAGUUGCGGACCCCAGGCUACAAAAGGCCAGUGCUAGCUCUUCACUUCAAGCUGCGCGAGCCAAGCCAGAGCCUGAGAGGCUGCCACCGUAUGCCCCUCGUCUGGCCUCCUCUGGUGGAGGGCUAGAGAGUCCCACUACAAUCCUUGGGGGCAUCAGUCUGUACGAUCCUCGUAAUCAAACCGAGCAGGCUCAGAAGGAGCAAGCAGAGCCUCCUAAAAAGGUGGGGAUUCUGAAACACCCAGAUAAGAAAGACAAUACUCCACCACCAUCACUCUCACUAACCCAGCGAAGUGGCUCUUUCGAAGAGGCCAAAAGCACAGACGUAGCCUCAGAUCAGCCUCCACCUUCCAGUUCUCCCACAGUGCCUCCUUCCUCACCUGUCAAACCCCCCGCAGUUCAUAAUCUCCCCAUCCAGGCACUGGCCGGGCUGAUCCGACCCCAGUACACUGACUCCAGACAGGCCAAACUUGGAGGACAGGGCUCUACAGGAGCACAAGAAGAGGCAGAGGAAAAGAAGGAGCAGGAGAAGGCCAUGGAGGAAGAACCAAAACAGGACGAUCCAGAGGAGGAGGUAGACGACAGGACACUUAAAGAUGUGUUCAAGACUUUUGAUCCCACUGCUUCCCCUUUCUGUCAGUAAAUACUAUUAAUCUUUAUUUAGCUUUACAUGAACCUAUUUAUUUCUGUAUAUAAAUUAUCCUGUAUAGAAUCACAUACUAUCUAGUGCACCACACAUUUGCCAGUAUGGAGAUGAUGCUCGAUAUGUGCACAAACACAGCACAGUGUAUAGUUCCUUUUAACAUAAUCAUAUAAUGCUGAAAUGUGUAUUUUGAAAGUUUGUAUGUUAAGGUGUUUUAUCAUUGUGUAAUUUUGGUGUUCAUUCUAAACAAUCAGAAAAAAAAGGAAAUUUUGUUAACUUGGAUAGUUUUCACUGAGGACUGUCCCAUAUGCUGUUUACUAAACUCUGGGUUCAUUCCAGGCAUUACACCCCGUAGAACAGAUCAUUCACUCACUCUAUAUGCAGUCAGAGAGAUAAUGCGUAAUCAAUAAAGCAACAAUUGUAAGAAUCCCCUUGAGAAUUUUUGUAUUUACUUAUUUAUUUCAAGACACUUUUAUAUUAUGAGAUCUUUAUGUUUAUGCUCACUUUUAUGAUAAGGGAUUUUUUCACAGUAAGUCAACAGAUGUUUUUUUGAACAGUUAAAUUUUUUACCACACACCCUGAUGAGUUGUUGUGAUUUGUCAACCACUGACAUGAUCAGGUCAGAUUAACAAAACAGAAUCCCUGCAGGUCCUUUUUACUGUACGUUUCCCAGAAAGGCACAUGCAAGGUAUGUGCUGAUGUUGAGAUACAGAUGUUUGUUCAUCAAUUCUUUGCCUAAAAUGCAUACAAUUAACUAGCUUGCAGGAAUGUUUGUGCAAUAUGAGACAGUUCCCAGCUUAGCUGAGAAGAAAUGUGUUGUUUUGUAACAUGGCAGCCGUUUUCUGUUUUGUGGCCUAAAUGCUUUGAGAAUGUAACAUUACUGUUGUAGGCUUUUCUAACUUGCUAACCAGUUAUUAAUGACAUUUAGUGGAGUAAAUUAAUAUUGGUUACUUGAUUUGUCAUUGUCAUUCCUCAAAACACUCACAAGCUUGUAAAUAGCAGGAACACUGUCUUUCUCUUAUUUUCACCAGAAUAUGACAUCAAGAAAUAAUUAAUAAAGUGUAACAAACAAAGAGAGAAAAUAUUAUCUUGGUCACAUUGCAGAUAUAUAUGAUACAAAUAUGACCUUGUUUCAUGUUGAAUUUUGUUGGAGUUGACUGUAGAUGAACUCAUAUGGGGUUAUGUGCGCUACAAAGGAUGAAUGUUGUAGGCUUAAGGUGGCAUAGUGCUGGGCAGUUUGUAUUAUUUGACAGUUCUGUGUCUGUUAAGGUGAGCUAUCCUUGUUUGAAACUAAGCUAUGUACUUUUGUAUUGCUUUCAUAAUUCACAUUGUAAAUGCCUAUUUUGUAUCACAUGUACAGUCUGUGUUUGAGUUUCUUAAUGAAUAAUGCUUUUUUCCCUCCUGUCAGUGUGGUGGUUAUGGUUGUAAUAAUACUGUAUGACAUUUUAACAACAACAUAUGCCCGUCAUAUUUCAGUGAUUUUAUUAUGAAUAUCUGAAAUAAAGAGAUAAAACACAAGGUAUUUUAUUUCAGAAUCACA